CAAGAAGACCGGAGAACAUAGAAUUAUAGCAAACAGAAGUACAGACAUAUUUAGACAGAUUCAUAGAUGCUUUGCUAUGUCUGUCAAUUCUACAUGGACUAUUGAAUGGGAUUUAUGAACUGAUUGAUCAUAGGAGUCGAAUCUCAGAGAUGGAGACGCUGUUUGCCAGGGCUCUUUAUGACAACACAGCCGAAACCGAGGAUGAACUGGCUUUUCGCAAGGGUGAUAUCAUCAUGGUGCUGGAGAAGAACGUGGCGGAGAGCAUCGGCUGGUGGAGGUGUGCUCUUCAUGGAUGUCAGGGCCUGGCACCGGCGAACCGCCUGGCUCCGCUUUCCCCAGCAGAGGCUGAGAAACUUUGUAUGAACUUAGGUACAGAGAGGGACUACUUGAGCAACCACUGCCAUCAGAACAUCUAUCAAACUCCAAAAGCUAGCAGGCCACCAGUGAUUCCGAUUUAUGAAGACAUGAAUAUGAUAUAUAAAGUGCCGCUUCAAGCUGCCUCUUCACCAGAUAAGCACACGGCACAAGAAGAUCUAGAAGGAACCAGGUCUCCUCACGACGCUUUAGCUGCCAGAGGUAGUACAGAAAUAUAUGAUGUCCCAAGCCUGGUGAGAAAACCCUCCUUGUUCACACCACCUACACUGCAGUCUUUGGAAAGGAAAACAUCAGUGAUGUCAAACACAGAAUUUCAUAAUAGAUAUAAACUGCUGCAAAGUGAGAGAUGUGCAACUGCAACCAUGAAAAAAGUUGCCACAUUACCCCCAAUGACUUCCCAAGACCCCAAUUAUGACAUCCCAGUGCCCUCCAUCAGUGAGGAUAGUCAAAAGCCUCUAUGUGGUUAUAGUACCAUGCCGAAACCCUGUAAGUCUGAAUGGAUUUAUGACGUGCCUGUUUUCCCCCAAAAACAAGAAUGUGAACCAUGUUACUAUGGCACCACGCCACCCAAGACUAUGAAUUCAAACAAGCCGCUUUAUGACACUUUGCCAAAUCACAACUGGCCUGAAAAAAGCCACAGCCCCAUCGAGCCCCUCUAUGACAUCCCUAAACCAAGCAAUGCAGUGGUGCAGUCUUUUACAGACACUGGGAAUGCAACAGAUUCAUGCAUCUAUGAUGUCCCACCCUGCCUUAAACAAACAGAGAGCCCUGUAGUGUUACCCAGAAAGCAAAGCGCUCCUGAAACAGACUCUAAAAAGUACAGUGAUAAACCUGGACCCAUGUAUGACCAACUUCAUCGUUGGCCCUCAAGAGGCAGAACAACGUCCAGGCAGCCUGUGGAAGGGAUGAUUAGAAGGGACGAUGAGGACAACAAAGACCACCAGAGGAGCUCAACGGUGUCCACCUCCUCCACAGCUUCCAGUUCUUCCAGGAGCUCAUGCGAUUCUUGCAUGCUGAGUUCUCCUGAACCGGAGCCCUUGCGUGAGGUCACACUUCCACAGGAGGAAGCCAGCAACAGGUUGCUUGAGCUGCAAGAAGCGGUGUGCCAAUCUGUGCCCAAGCUUAUGCUGUUCGUCAGCAGCCAGUGGAGAACCAAAGAGCAUCUGAGUCAGCACCUCCAACAGAUCCGCAUGGCCACUGAAGACGUGACUGACUCCGUCACCUCCUUCUUGAACUUCGCCUUGGAUGUCAGAGGUAACGCGCAGCGGCUGACAGACUUUAACCUGCAGACCAGGCUUCUGAAGCAGCUCUCCAUCGUUGAAGACUCGGGCUUGAUCCUUCAGCAGGCUGUAAGGACUCUGCGAGAUCUAGGCUGGCUGCUGGAUAUGCUAGCUCAGGAUGACGACCAGUCACAGACGCCUGACCACCUGGAGCGCUUUGUUAUGGUGGCUCGAACCGUACCAGAGGAUGUGAAGAGGCUGGUAUCCAUCCUGAAUGCAAAUGGAAAGCUUCUUUUCAGAGUCCCGACUAAAGAACCAGAAGUGGUGGAGAAUAUAGACCCGUCUGAGAGGAGAAGUCACAGCAAAAAUGAACCAAUGGUAGACUCAGGAAUAGAUGAAAGUGACUAUGUACAACUUCAGACAAAGACAGAGUUAGACCAGCAACCAAAGCCAGCAAAAAGCAGUUUUAAAUCAAAGAAGAAUAGUGAUACUUUGAAAAAACAGGUUUCCAAAUCACAGUCUGUUAACCCCUGCAGUCCACUCCAGACCUCCAGGAAGCCUUCCAUCUCUGACCACUGCAGGCUUUAUUUUGGAGCUAUUCAGAAGGCCAUCAGCGUGUUUAUAAGCAGCCUGAAUGAUGGCCAGCCCCCUGAAAAGUUCAUCUCUCACAGCAAGCUGGUCAUCAUGGUGGGCCAAAGACUCGUGAACACUCUGUGUAGUGAAGCUAAAAAUCGAGAGGCCAGCAGGGAAAUGUUGUCUAUGAGCAAUCAGCUGUGUGCCCAUCUUAAGCAACUGGCCAUGGUGACCAAGAAGGCAGCUUUGAACUUCCCAGACAAACUGGCUCUCCAGGAGGUGCAGGACAUUGCCAAAGAGCUGGCUCAAAGGGCACAACACUUUAGAAUGUCACUGGACAUCUGAGCAGCAGUUUGCCAUCUGUUUGCCCAGUUUAUCGUGUGGAGGUGGUCUGGUGAAGACAACAUGGUAUUUGUGAAAUAUCUCAAUUUGUGUGAUUUGUAUGUGAGUCUAAGCCAGCCACCCUUAAAACAAGCUCUUUUUUUUUUUUUUGUUCAACUUAGUCUAGAUGAGGAGGCAGUGUUAAAGGUAACAAAGGGACAGCUUAUAAUAAUUAUAACCUCAAAUAAUGACAUUGAUGUGUUUACAUGCACAACAGUAUGCUGAUGCAAGAUUAAAGCUUUUGUACAAAUACCAGUUAAGGUGUUUACAUAUAGAUAUUAAAAAUGUGUUGCAAUCAGGUUUUGCUGUCACAGUUAAAAAAAAUUGUAUGUACCUGAUAAAAGAACAUUGUUUGAAGUGUUUGCAUGGACUUACGUCGUUGUUGGGUUUUUAAGCAAUAUCACCGUGUCAUUGUGCAUGUAAACACAUGAAGACAAAGCAGAAAACUUGCUAGUUGCUGUGUAGAUGUUAAAGUGACAGUUCACCCAAAAAUUUAAAUUCUGUCAUAUUGUGUUAUGAUAGAAUGUUAAUUUUCGGAUAAACUGCUCUUUUUAAAAACAGUAAUACAGUAACAGUCUUAAACAUGAUCUGGGCAUCUGUUAGUCUUAUUCUUUGUGGUGUUCUCAUUCUGCCAAACCUCAGACUUUAAAUUAAAAAUUGCACUUUUAUAAUGCCCGACACUGUAUACAGAUUUUUGGUCAUAAUAAAUAGGCAAAAUGUAUGUAUAUGACUAUAUUAUGUGUCUAAAAAUUCAGUGUUUGAGCAAAAUGUAAAUAUUUCCUCAAUACAGUUGAUGUUACUUUUUUUUGCAUAAUUUGUCAAUGUUCUAGUUUUCAAUAUUCACACACUGUAAGAAUGUAGUAUUGUUUUUUCACAUAUAAUUAUGUCUGAAAAUAUUUCUUAUAGACAAAAAUAAAAUGUUACUUAUCAACAUUUUUUUUUUGACUGUUUAUAAGACUGUUUAUGUCUUAUGUGAUAGCCUAGUAGUUAAAGGGAUAGUUCACCAUAAAAAAAAAAUUAAAUGA